AUGAGUGACAAUUUAGUGCAACCAUUAAUGUGUUUAAAAUUGAUGAAUCCAACAACAUCAGCCAGCAAACAUCGUGUACGGGGACGAAGAGGGCGACGGUUAUCGCGAAAACUGCCAAGCAAAAUCAGGCGAUUAAUGUUGAAUGAGAAAAUUGUUUUUCAUCGCCUUUCACUACAACGUCCAAAAAGACAUCAAAAAAUACCAUUGUCAGAGGCUCAUGAACGAAUAAAAUCAUUUCAUGGUUUUUUACGCAAAAGUAGUGAAAGAAUACUCAAUUUACGAGCUAAAGAUUCAUUUCCUGAGCGAGAUAUUUGUAAUAUGGAUGAAAAUCCUCUUCCUUUAUGGGGUGACCAAACCCGGGCGAGUUUGAAUUACGUUAAUACGUCGAAUGAAGUAGAUAGUACUUUGAAUUCGAAAAGAUUCUGUACAUUAAUUUUGUGUGCCUUUGCUAGUGAUAAUUCGAGAGUAGGCCCUGCUCUUAUUUUUAGAGGCAAAGGUCGUGUAUCGGAUAGAGAACGUAGUGAGUAUGAAAAAGGGGUUAAAGUUUAUUUUAGUCCAUCUGGAGUAAUUAACGGUGCGCUAAUGCAAGCUUAUGUACAAUUUUGGUUGAGUAAAACACGAGAUGGCCGACCAAAGAUGUUUGUUACGGAUUCGUGUAGCUCGCACAUAAGUGAUACGGUGAAGGAUUUGUUAAAAAAAGAAGGAGUUGUGUUAGGCAUAAUACCCGGAGGUUCAAAUGAUGAGCAAACAUUAGUUACUUUUCGGCAUUGCUCACGUCUUAAAUUUAACGGUCAUGGUUGUAAUCAAUCGUUGUGUAAUAAACAUUGGAUUGAACAUCGACAAGGACUAUCAGCUGAAUUGGAAAACUGUGUUAAUGAACAUGAUUUAUUGAAACACCAUUUGGGAGAACGACACCAACCGCACACAACAAUACCAAGUAAAGAUGAUAUGUUAAAACGUAUUGAUCAUUGGAAAACAAAGUUGUCUGAUAAAAUUAAGAAAAGUAUCGAAAAAGGUGAAGAGUGUCAGAUCGGAAUUAAUGCGGUAUGUGUAUUUACAUCUGAGAAAGUUGAAAAAAUUGAAUCAACUGAAGGAGAGGAUAAUUACAAUGAAAUUGAUAUUAAACAAUGUUUAAAAGAAUUAGAAAAAAUAAGGAUUGAUAUGAAAAAACCAUCGAUGAUUAUACAUCAAAUUAUUGUCGGAGAUGCAUUUGUGAUCAGCCAGUGGGGCAAGUGUUUUACAGAUUGUUGGCUUGUCGUUGAAGAAUCUCUGUCGUUUCGCCAAAAGACAAUUCGCCGUGGCGAAGUGUCACGGGACGUUUGGCCAAUUGGCAAAGUGUCAUGUGCCGUUUUGCAAAUUGGCGAAGUGUCUUAUGCCGUUUCGCCAAUUGGCGAAGUGUCAUGUGCCGUUUCUCUAAUUGGCGAAACGGCACUGGCAUUUCGCCAUGGCGAAUUGUCUUUUGGCGAAACGGUUUUUUACCAUCUUUUGUGUACGCAAAAGUUUGGGGAAUCUCUGACGUUUCGCCAGAGCACGAUUCGCCAAAAGACAAUUUCCUGGAAACCUCCCUCGAAAU